GAGAUAAAUCAUUAAAAUAAGGAAUGCCAAAUGCAGCCUAAGUCAAUGAAGGAACGUAACAAUAUAUGUUUCUUAUAGUUUUACUACCAACUCAUGAUGUUAAUAUAUGGAGUCUUAGAAGCCAAGGAGGAAAUCAAUGCAUUUCAUUUGAUCAUACUGAUGUUGUUCUGACUUCUGAAGGAGUGGGGAAAUGGAAGUUAGGACGCCAAGGAAGGUUAUGGUCGCCCUUGAAUGCAAUGAAGAGAACAUCCAUGUCUUGGAGUGGGCUUUGGAUUAUAUCAUUCUUCCUUCUUCAUCCUCUUCACUUGUCUCAGAUCAUCUUGUGAUUUUAUUCAUUGCGCAAAAAACUCCAUGCACUGUUGCACUCAAAGAAUCCAUGAUCACAAGCAAUUCAUUUAUUGAUGUUGAGAAGAACGAAAACCAGACAGUCUAUGGUAUGGCUGAACAAGUGAGAAAUAUGUGUGAGAGAAAUAACAUAACGUAUGAAAUGAAGAUCAUGGUGGGAGAUGCAAAGCUAUUGAUAUGUGAGGCAGCUAACAAACUAAGGGUGAACCUCUUGAUUGUAGGGAACCAUGACUAUGGAGGGGCUAAAAGACUGCUCUCAUCAAGCAGCAGUGUAAGCGAUUAUUGCGUUCAACAUGCUAAGUGCCCGGUCAUGGUUGUGAAGAGACACCAACGUGGUACCAAGGAGGAGUGUUGACCCCCUCUAUUGAUGAAAUUCCAUCUCCAUCGGCAAUGGAAGGGAAUGCUAGGUGCCCCUUAGAGGUUCUGAAGGGACGGCUUAAGUCUGUACUCUUGGAUGUGUUCUAUUAUUACUUAAUUUCACAAUUUAUGAACUGUGAAAUGAUAUAUUAGCAAGCUAUGGACUUCUUGUAAAUUCUUUUUGGAAUUUGGGUGUGGCUGUAACAUGACAUCUUUGAUCUUUCUGUUAAGUUAAGAGAGAGAGGAAGAAGCAGAAGAGGGAAUAACCCUGAUUCUAGCAGAUGAAGUUUGAAUUUUUUCUAGUUUUCUUGUUUAUGCUUAAUUACUAUUUGCCUCUA